AUGGCUUCAAGCUUGAAGAAUUUCAUCCAUUCCUUGGAUCCAAACUCUCUCCCUCGGAUCCUGCAAAUCCAGUCUGGCUUUUAUGAUGAAGGUUCAAUUUAUGAAAAGUGUGGGCAUGAAUGCUGCUUGUCAACUGGAGAUGUGAUUAAAGUUGUUGGAUUAAAAGUUAAGAAAGUCCUGGCAAGCAACUGUGAAAGUGAAGAUGAUGCUAGCUUCUGCUCCACUACAGUUGAGCUACCUUUACAUUUUCCAGGUCUUUGCAGGAUAGUGGCUGAUAAAACACCCUAUGUUAGUGUUGAAGAAAUUGUGAAAAAAGUUUUGAUUGGAUCAACACAACUGCAACAUCCCUGCUUCUAUUGCUCUAAGGAUAUAAAAGUAGAAAACCUGACCAUCAAACGGGGUGAGAAGAUCAUAUUCAACUCUGUGGAAGUCAGCAAUGGGAUAUUGACUGUACACUGUAGAUUAAUGAGGGAUGGCCAACUCCAUGCCUUUGUAUUGCCCAUUUCACAAGAAGGUGAUUUCUAUGAAUGGGAAGAUGACCAGACUUAUACCCUGAAAGAGAUUGCCAAAUGGAAAAUCCCAAAGAGCAGAAGUCGGAGAGUGACAUUUACUCAUAUCUGCAAAGCUAGGAACUCUACCAACUUGCUUCCUGUGGAUUUUGAUGGCUGCAUUGUUCUGACACCAAUAUAUGAAGUACAAGCAGCGAUGAAAUUUCAAAAAGAGACUGUUUACUUCCUUUCAGAUUUAGAUGUUGAAGUCAAAGACGUCACUGACUGUUACAAUAUGCACAGUUUCCUUCAGCCAUUGUCCAUGGAAGAUAUUUUGGAAAGGACGUGCAAUGAAUUUCCUAUCGUUGUUGCGGUAAUUGAAGGCUCUGUCAGAAAUAAGCAAUCGUAUAAUAUUUUGUGUCCUGGUAGAGAAAUAGUCAUUUACAAAAAGUGCCAGGCAACACGGAUCUUAGCAUCUGAGAUCAAAGGCGAUUCCUAUCAAAGGCACUUUUUAAUUCCUACCAGCUAUAAAGGGAAGUUCAAAAGAAGACCACGGGAGUUUCCAACUGCCUAUGACCUAGAAAUAGCAAGGAGUGUGAAGGAGAAGCUUCAUGUUGUAGCUACCAAAGCUUUUGAGUCACCUUAUGAAGGGCUGUCUUCUGUUUCUAUUGGAAACCAAUUUUUAAUUCCACAGUGCCAACUAAGUGAAGUUGUUGAUCCGGGGAAGAAGAAAGUAGAGAAUGCUUUGGCCUGUGAACAAAUUCUAUCACCAAACGAAACCCACAAGAGUAUACUUCUUCCAAUGUGCAUGGAAGGGGGCUUUGUUGAACUUGUCCAUGAUAAGAAGCAGUAUGAACUUCUGGAGCUUUGCAAAUAUUUCCGUCUUCCAUUUAAAGUCAAAGUCUCCUUAAGGGAUCUUUCCAUCCAAGAGGAUAUUUUGGCUGGUAUACCAUGUCUGCAGCUUGAAGAAAAAAUAACAGAUUCGUACUUGUUAAUCAGCACUUUCAGCAACCCCACAGAAAUCUGGGAAGCUCCUGUGCAUCGUUUAAAUAUGUCUUUCCAGUUGCUGAGCAAACAUGCAGAAGAUAUUGUGUGUUUCCCAACAAAGUCUAUUGUGGAAGAGAUUACGGAAGAACAGUAUUACAUGAUGAGAAAAUAUGGAAAUCAAGCCACAAACCCACCUCCCAGACCUCCUAAAACCCAUAAAGUUGAAGAUUCCAAGGCAUAUUUUCUCACUGUACCGACCCAAAGUGCUUGCAGUACACCAGGACCUAGAAAGGUAAGAAGAAUGUUGUGUCUUUUACACAUCCAUAGCUAG